GCAGCGCAGGCCCUGCUCUCUCCCUCCUCUCUCCUCGAACAGCCUAACGCGAGAAACGCAUCCCAGCCCAAACGGCACGAGCACGCACGCCGCCGCCCAGUGUCUGCACUCCGCCGGCGCCGUCCCCCGCCCCGGUCAACGUCUCCCGCGUAGCCUGGCCGUGCCGCGCUGCUGCGGUGCGACGUGCGCCCCCUGCUGGCCCCGGCCAGCCGGCCUCCCCCCGCGGCGGCGACGAGCAGAGCAGCCGACGUGGCGACGGCGGCAUCCCUCCUCUGCGCCCCCGGCCCCGUGUUUCUGCGGCCGCCGGCUGUGUGGCCUGCUUCUGCCUACUGCCGCCGCGGAGCCCCUUCUCUGGCUGAAAUAGAAGUUGGUGUUUGCUUCAGUCCUGGCUUCACAACUGGCUCCCAUCUCAGUAUCCCACCAUGCUCUUCAGUCCAAAGCUUCUCUCAUGGCCGUGCCCCAGACAGUCACAAGCCCAGGCUGCUCUGCUCCGCCGCCUAUUUUGCGCCUUCUACCCAACCAACCUCGACGAUGAUGAUCCCCCAUUUACACGAAUCCCCAAAAGUCCACCUCGAGCUCCAACGCCGCCGCCGCCGCCGAAGCCCAAAGACCAGCCUGCCAAGAUCAGCCCCGACGAGCCGGCACACUCCGACCUUCCAUUCGACUUCCAGUACUCGUACUCGGAGACUGACCCGGCUUGGAAGCCCAUUGGAUUCCGCGAGCCCACCCGGUUUUCGCCCUUUGGCCCCGGCCGCCUUGACCGGCCUUGGGACGGCGUCGCCGCGCGUGCCGAAGGGAACAGAGAGGAUGUUUAUGGCAGUGCGAGUAGUAGGGAUGAGGUGCUUGGCGAGGCGCUGUCGGAAGCGGAGGUGGCAGAGCUCGUGGAGAGGUACCGGCACAGCGACUGCUCCCGGCAGAUCAAUUUGGGGAAAGGUGGUGUAACUCAUAAUAUGCUCGAUGACAUCCACAACCACUGGAGACGUGCAGAAGCGGUCAGAAUCAAAUGUCUUGGGGUUGCAACUCUUGACAUGGACAAUAUAUGCUUCCAUCUUGAGGAUAAAACAGGUGGGAUAAUCAUAUACCGUAGCAUAAAUAUACUCAUCCUAUAUCGUGGCCGGAACUAUGAUCCAAAACAACGGCCUGUCAUACCAUUGAUGUUGUGGAAGCCAUUGGCUCCUAUUUAUCCUAAGGUUGUCCAAAAUGUUGCGGAAGGGUUGACUUUUGAGGAAACAAAAGAAAUGAGAAACAGAGGAUUACAUUCGCCACCGCUUAUGAAACUGACUAGGAAUGGUGUUUAUGUUAAUGUUGUUGACAAAGUGAGAGAGGCCUUUAAGACUUCGGAAGUUGUGAGACUAGAUUGCUCUCACACCGGCACUAGUGAUUGCAAAAGAAUUGGUGUGAAGUUGCGGGAUUUGGUUCCAUGCAUUCCUAUAUUAUUUAAAGAUGAACAAAUUAUUCUCUGGAGAGGGAAGCGGGACCAGGAGGACUCUGUUUCAGCUCAUUGUACUUCUCCACCACAGUGAAGCUGGACCAGGAGGACUCACAGUAGCAGCUUGCUGAAGCAGGCCUGCUGCUUGGAUGACUUGUAUGACUUCCACGAGAUGCGUUCACUGGAGAAUGCCACCAUCUAUCGUUAGAUUACAGCAACAUAAGGAUCUGCAGUCUACAGGAAAUGAUCUAGUUGCUUGUCAAUAUUUCUUGCUGCUGUCUGAAGUAAUUUGUCUCGAGAUUAUGUGGACCGCACAACAGGAGAGUGAUGUUCUAUUUGUGUGAAGAAAAAGACAAUUUAUAAGGUAUGCAGCAGCAUCUCCUUGCUUGGAAGCGGUUGCCACGGUCAGCAGUACUUCCAGCUGAAGGAUUCAUCUUCAGCCUUCCGUCCUCUGGCUCCCACCCCCGCAGUUUUGGAAGUGUCAGCUUGUUUCUGUUGCUUCAUCUGCCUGAUCCAGGAUCGAUGCUCGAGAUUGAGGCGCCAAAAAAUAGAAUCUCUAGACAUGUGAUUCACAUCCAUGCCAUUUGAAUCAAGAUCAGAUGGUCUGAGCCUCAAAUAAGCUUUUUAGCCGAUGUUGUACACCCUUUUGGUGGAUGGAUUAACACAUAUUCGAUAGAUAUAAGCAGAUUUAAGACA